CGUUCCCACUUGCAACACUGACUCGACUAGUCUGCACACAGGAAGAAAAAUGCGGCUGAUUUGGCUGCUAAUCAUUUGGGCUCCAUCAGUCUGGACAAAGCGCCACUCAAACAGGGCAGCGCAACCCACAGAUCUAAACCAAACGGCAUUAAUCAACACGACUGUCCCUUAUAAAAUCACAGAUGAGAAUUUCAUUAGCAUCACACUCGAUCCCUUCUACAUUCGAGACCUCCCCUGGGCUGAUCCCUUAACUUUGAAGCUGGCAAAAGAAUUGAGUCCAGCGUGGUUCAAAGUGGCGCCGACUAAUGACUCUGUGGACUAUACAGAAUUUGGCCUUACAAUAUUCCAGUGGGCUGCAAUUAGUCACUUUGCAACUGAAUCGGGAUUUGAUCAGAUUUGGGACGCCGGAAUAUUUGAAAGGGCUGUUGCUGGAUGGGACAAAACUCUGAAAGGUGGAAUGUUUCCUCUGAGCGUAGCGCCUCCGACCAAACACGACUUUCCUCCCCCAGCCGGCCGAAUGGGUUUUUCAGCCUCGGCAGCCGAUUUAAGAAAGGUGGACAGAAUCAAGUCGAUUCUCUCCAGGUACGACACAGACGAGAUUCAGGUUUUCGGACCGGAAGUGAGUUUCUUCAACAGCUACCGGGAAAUCGAGAAAUUUUCAAAGUGGACGCAGCAAAACGCAGACAAAGUGGAUGCCAUCACUUGGCAGCCUUCAAACCUGGCCGGAGGAGCAAACCUGAGGACUUCGGCCAUCGUGAGCAAGGAGCCCGGCGACCUUUUCAAACUGGAGCUGCUGGUCCUUGACGGAGCACUGGAGAAGUUGGCGGACAAGAGCAAACCGAUCUAUAUCAGCGAUUCGAGACUGCACUGGGAGGAGGAGGCUGCCAAUUUGAAAUUCAGAAAUACUUUCGGCGCGACCCUCUUGUGGGCGGACAGAUUGGGACAAGCGGCGGCCACCGGAGUUUCUGCCGUUUUUCAGCCAGAUUUGCUGCCCCUGCAUGACAGAGGCGUCCGAGUUCAACCACAUCCGGAUUUCUGGUUUGCUGUUUUGUACAAGAGAUUGGUAGGAAAUCGCGUUCUGGCCAUUCGCUCCGACGCCUUUUUCAGUCCGUCUAGCAGCUUUUACGCCCAAUGCACUCCUUCUGACGUGAAAAGCGGAUACGACACUGGAGCGGUGACAAUCAUCGGCAUAAAUUUGGGACCGUCUGAAAUGCGUGGAGACGUGUCUGAUUGGUCCACCGGACGUAAAGAGAUUGAGCUGCAUCAGUACAUGCUGACGGGAAAAAUUGACGACAAGAAAAUGUAUCUCAAUGGAAAAGAGCUUAAAGUUAAUUAUGAGGAUGAAUUGAUGCCACAAUUGCUGCCAGAAGUAAUGAAAUCACCUGACGAGCUUGUCCUGCCACCGUAUUCUAUCGCCUUCUGGGUGAUCCCGGACAUCGAGGCUCCAGCGUGCAUCUCGAAAGCAAAAAGAAGAACCAAACGGUCCCUUGUUGAUCCGGACACAACUCACUUGGCCAUUGUAUUCCCAGUCCAAGAUAUUAUCGAAGCUGAAAAGGCGCUUGCAGAGGACCCGGAGUACAAGGAAAAGCGAUGUUUCAAAAACGGUCCUUUAGCAGGAAAAAUGCGCAUCGACGGACACGACGAAGUUGAAUGCCCUGUUGGCUGCACCCCUAAAAAACCGGGGGGUUGUCGGCUGGGAGGAGUAAAACUGGUCAAUCCUAGCUGUUCCACGAAUGAUGUUCUGCAAAAAUUGGUCCACAUAACUAAGCAACGGAGAAAGGGUUGCUGCUGCGACGGCGGCGACACAUGCGAAAUUCCUGAAGACCAAAAACUACCCUCAGAGGGUGGCUCGAGAGCGAACAACGAAACUGGAAGACCAAUCGUGGAAAAGGCGAAUGCGACUGCAAAGCUCGGAGACAGAAUCGAACAGGGGGAGGACAAACGGUUGGACGAGUUGAUCAAAACCAUAUUCACGUCACCCCAGCCAACGGAGUCAACGACCGAAAUGUUCAAACGUCUGCUCAAUCAAAGCGCAGAGACGAAUCUUUCGUCUUCAGUCACCCCUCAGGCUAAAGCUGCCGAAACCACUGUUAGCCUCACCCCGGUGAAAUCUUCCUCGAGUCCUCGCGAAGACGAAGGCGCUCCUAUCAUUCAGGAAAGUAUCACUCAACCUCUUACGCAAACCACGACCAAGUCAACAAGGAAACCAAUUUACGAUCCGGUGCACCACACAUGGGCAAAAAAUUAUUUCACUUUGUGGCCUAGAAAAACGACUAGCACUACCACCACUACCACAACAACAACCACAACUCCUGCUCCGAUCACAACCACUACUUCUUCUCCUGCGCCAAAGAUGACCACCCUGGCUCCAAGUCCGACAACCCUCGCAGUAGAAAUCACAACGACCGAUAUGAAAAAGCGAGUUGAUGAAAAAUCAGAACGGCCUUCGAUCGCAAAAGCUGCAGCUCCUUCAGGGCCUCUUCUGCCCCCUCCAUAUGGCCAAAAGCAGCCGUACAGGUUUGAGGGUCAGAUCAUGGGGUUGGUGCACCCUGCCGAAUACGAGCAGCAGCAGCAAACUGGCUUCCGGAUUCAGCACGACUCGCCCUCGGACUUCAUUUUUCCCGAGUUAUCUUCAAGUCCUCUGCACCGGCCAUUGAAUGACGUUGAGGCUACAAAGAAUCGGCACGACCAGUACUGGAACCAUUUCCAGACGCAACCCACUAACCCUCAGCUUCAGGUCAGGAUGAACAACCCUCCGCCGGAAAUCUUCCACCCUUCUGAGCAGGCACUUCCUCCGCCUCCACCACUUCAAACUCCGCCGUGCGCUCACUGCAGCAACGGGUGCGAAAAGGCCAAGAGCAUGUUCCCCUUUUUGGAGGGGAUGUUGAAGUACCUGGCGACGGAGGGCGCAUCUGUUCCGGAGGACGAGUUGAAUCGGGGUCAACGGGUUCUUGAGGACAUGCAAGAGGAGGUGAACAGUAAGGCGGAAGAGGUUGCAUUUUCCGUCCGACGGGCCGAGGCGCAAGUGAGUCCUUGCGUGGAGCAGCUGAACAAGAAAAUCAAGACGGCGCUCAACGUGUUGCAAUGGCUGAAGGAAACCGCUAAGAAAAGAUAAAAAUUUAAAAUUACAUCAAUAUUUGUGUACAUAAUGGCAAGAAAAAGCAUUUUAAAUAAUACAAAAUAAUCCUCUUCUUAAUAUAACAUUUAGUUUUAAAUUUUUUAUGUCAAAUUUAGUAUUUAUUUGAUAUAUUAAUAAAAAUGAAUUUCCCUUUUUAUUUUGAAUAAUGUUUUUUAAGUAUUAAAUUUUUUUAUUAUAUUAUUUUAUACAAAUUUGGAAGCGCAAUACCGCUUGACCGCUUUGAUUUUGAUUGUGCGUUACUAUAUUUUUUAGAUCAAAUAUUGGUUAAAUAAAUAUUAAAGAAUAAAUAAA